UAAGUAUUCCAUCCACUUUCUCCUUUUAUUUCUUAAUAUCGUAAAAAAACACAAACAAGAACUGUAAACUAGGACAGAGAGAGUAAAAAUAAUUACCAUAAAGUAAACAAGACUUUGACUAGGUAAAACCCACUAAAAAAAAAAAAGAGAGUGAAUGAUACGUGAAUUUUUCCAAGUCUACGGUCUACCUAAUCCACAACAUAAUUUCAAACUUUCGGUUAAUUUAUUUAGUACAUCUCCAACUACAUAACAAAUUAACAAUAGUCUUUUAUUAGUAAGGUUGACCUCACAUUUCGUUCCUUACAAUGCAUGGGAUUGAAAAACACAAAAUCGAUUACGACACAUUUGAUUAAUCAACGCGUUUGUAGAAAUGAGCUCUUUUCGUACGAAUUGUGAAUACUUUAUUCAUAGAAAGGUUUGACCCAUUAUAUUACGUCAAGAAAAAAAUUGUUUCAUAUGUACAAUAUUCAAUCUAUGUGAUUGAUGGUCACAAAUCAGGGAAAAAACAUAAUAUGGCUCAAACAUUUAGCCAAGUAUUAGUAAUAUUCUCAUUCUAUGUACUAAUUAUGUUAACGAUGAUUUCCAAAUCAACUAGCUAUCCAAACUAUUAUUGCCCAAACGAUACUACGUUCGCCAACAAUAGCCAAUUUGCAACCAACCUAAACACCCUCUUCCAUUUUCUCUCUUCCAAUUCCACCAACAACCCUGCCGGCUACGACCAAGCGGUAGUUCCUAGCGACGACAAUGCCAAAGAUGAUGCUAUUUACGGUCACUUCUUAUGUCGUGGAGACCAAAACGCUAGCUCGUGCCAAAAAUGUGUUACUAUGUCCACCAUGACGGACCUUCCUAACCUAUGUCCUAACCGAAAAAUAGCGACACUUUGGUACAAUGAGUGCAUGGUUAGGUACUCUAAUAGCUCAUUUUUUGGUUCGAUGGAUGAUUCAGUCUACCUAGUUUAUUAUGUGACCGCGAACAUUAUAGGCAAUGAGACCCGGUUCAUGGAGCUUGUGAAGAACAUGAUGAACAACAAAAUCGGGGUUAAUGCUGCACUUGGAGGGUCACAAAAGAAAUUUGCCACAUAUUAUGUCAAUAUUUCGGCUUUUCAGACGAUAUAUGGGUUGGGGCAGUGUACACCCGACUUGAGCCCUGCUGACUGUAAUACGUGCAUAACGGAUGGUAUUGCAAGAUUAAUGGUGAGUCCAGGUGGUGGAAUAUGGCAGCCUAGCUGCAACAUCCGAUACGAUCUUUAUCCUUUCUUUGAUUUGUCGACACUGCCCUCACCACCAUUGCAACCACCUUCCCUACCACCAACCCCCGCGGCUAAUUUUACCCACCCUAGUGGAAACGGGAGCUACACGGGGAAGAUUGCCAUCCUAGUCACAGUAUCAACAAUUCUACUGAUAGUUCUUGCAAUUGGAUUCUAUUUAUUGUUUAGAAGACGAAAAUCAUGGAUAAAAUUUGGAGCGGCUUCUGUUUUCCAUCGUCGAGAUGACAGUGAUGAAAGUACAAGUUUAGUGUCUCUACAAUUUGAUUUUCGUACAAUAAAAGUAGCAACAAACAACUUCUCGGAUGAUAAUAAACUUGGCCGAGGUGGAUUUGGUACUGUAUAUAAGGGGAGAUUAGCAAAUGGACAAGAAGUCGCGGUGAAAAGACUCGCAAAAGAUUCAGGACAAGGUGACGAGGAGUUUAAGACAGAGGUGCUGUUAGUGGCUAAGCUUCAACACAAGAAUCUCGUUAGGCUCCUUGGAUUCUGUAUCGAACGUAAAGAGAGACUUCUCAUCUAUGAGUUACUUCCCAAUACGAGCCUUGACCAUUUCUUGUUUGAUGUAAGAAAGCGAUCAUAUUUGGACUGGAGAAGCCGCUACAAUAUUAUAGUGAGUAUAGCUCGAGGAAUCCUUUACCUUCAUGAAGAAUCUCGAUUGCGAAUCAUCCAUCGUGAUCUUAAGGCCAGCAACAUACUACUUGAUGCUGAAAUGAAUCCUAAAAUUGCAGAUUUUGGCACGGCGAGGUUAUUUGAAGUUGACCAAACUCAAGGAGAUACCAUCAGAAUUGUUGGUACCUACGCAUAUAUGCCACCGGAAUAUGCACUUCAUGGAUUAUUCUCUGUAAAAUCCGAUGUCUACAGCUUUGGUGUACUCGUGCUCGAAAUUAUAACUGGUAGGAAGAAUAGAGGUUCUCCCAAUGAGCAAUAUGCAGAGGACCUAAUAAACUUUGUAUGGCGGAAUUGGAGAGAAGGUACACCUUUAAAAGUUGUGGAUCCAACUUUGUCAAUAAGAUCAAAGACGGAUAUUAUAAGAUGCAUACACAUGGGCUUAUUAUGUGUUCAAGAAAAUGCAGAGGACCGACCAACAAUGUCCUUUAUAGUGUUGAUGCUCAGUAGCCAUUCGCUUACUCUUCCGGCGCCUUCCUGUCCUGCGUUCGUCACGUCCAUUGCUAUUAGAGUGGACACUAAGUCACAUCAUCAUACCAAGGAGAGAACGAUUGGGCGUUCAUCAGUGAACAAGGAUUCGAUUACUGACCCUUAUCCACGAUAAGAUCCUCCGAAGAUGAACAAAAUGAUUAUUAGUUGGCCUCUGGACUAGUAUCCCGUAAUUGUUUAAUGUUUCCAACUCGGAAAAGGAAAGUGGAAAGGCAUUAAGUAUAUUUUUAUAUAUUGUUUAGGCUAAACGAUAGGAUAUAAUGAACAUGUUCUAGAAAUAGUAAAUUCUUAAUAAGUACUAAUUGUAAGGAAAAUUCUCCCUUGGAAAUUUAGUAUUUCAUUAUAUAAUAAUAGAGGGA